UUUCCGCAGUUCCGUUUAAUGCCGACUUAGGCUUAGUAAUUUAUUUUCCUCCGUCUUUCUAUAUAAAAGAAAUACCUGACUUCUGAUUAGUCUCGUCCUCCACUAUUUCUCCUCAAUUUUCAGGGAUUGGGUUUGGGGAUUUUUCCUAGCUCUCAAUUCUCAACCAACGCCACUCUCUUUACGAUUAGGUUUUCUUCUUCAUUUUUUUCCCAAAUUCUUAGCGAAGAAUUAUAGUUGGAGGAUAGCAAAUCCUUUAUUGCACGACAAUGGAACGGAAAAUUAUUGAGUUGGAUCAAGGAUGGGACUAUAUGCAGAAGGGGAUCACGAAGCUAAAGAAGAUCCUAGAGGGAAUACCGGAGCCUCAGUUCAACUCAGAGGAAUAUAUGAUGCUUUACACAACUAUCUACAACAUGUGUACCCAAAAGCCCCCGAACGAUUAUUCUCAGCAGCUUUAUGACAAAUAUCGAGAGGCAUUUGAGGAAUACAUUACUUCAACGGUGUUGCCCUCUCUAAGAGAGAAGCAUGAUGAGUUUAUGCUGCGGGAGCUUGUUAAAAGAUGGGCUAAUCAUAAAGUUAUGGUUAGGUGGCUGUCACGUUUCUUUCAUUAUCUCGAUCGCUACUUCAUUGCAAGAAGGUCACUUCCUGCUCUAAAUGAAGUUGGACUCACCUGCUUCCGUGAUUUGGUUUAUCGUGAGGUCAAUGCUAAUGCCAGAGUUGCUGUUAUUGGUCUUAUUGAUAAAGAACGUGAGGGAGAGCAGAUUGAUAGAGCACUGUUGAAGAAUGUGAUUGACAUAUUUGUUGAGAUUGGGAUGGGACACAUGGAUGCUUAUGAAGGGGACUUUGAAGCAUACAUGCUAGGAGAUAGUGGUGAAUACUAUUCUCGUAAAGCAUCAAAUUGGAUUUUGGAGGAUUCUUGUCCCGAUUACAUGCUGAAGGCAGAGGAAUGCUUGAAAAGGGAGAAGGAAAGAGUUUCUCAUUACCUUCAUUCAAGUAGUGAGCAGAAGCUGGUGGAGAAAGUGCAACAUGAGUUGUUGGUGGUUUAUGCAACUCAACUGCUUGAUAAGGAGCAUUCUGGAUGUCGUGCUUUGCUUAGAGAUGAUAAGGUGGAAGAUCUUUCUAGGAUAUAUAGACUAUACAACAAAAUACCUAAAGGGUUGGAACCUGUUAGUAGCGUAUUCAAACAGCAUGUUACUGCUGAAGGUACAGCCUUGGUCCAGCAGGCUGAAGAUGUUGCAAGUAACCAGACUUCAAGUGGAGCUGGCACACAGGAACAGGUCCUUGUCAGAAAAAUAAUUGAGCUGCAUGACAAGUAUAUGGCAUAUGUCACCGAUUGCUUUUUAAACCACACUCUCUUUCACAAGGCUCUGAAAGAGGCUUUUGAGGUAUUUUGCAAUAAAGCUGUUUCUGGGAGUUCAAGUGCUGAAUUACUUGCUGGAUUCUGUGAUAAUAUCCUCAAGAAGGGUGGGAGUGAGAAGUUGAGUGACGAGGCCAUUGAAGAAACACUUGAGAAGGUAGUUAAGCUCCUUGCUUAUAUCAGUGACAAGGAUCUUUUUGCAGAAUUCUACAGAAAAAAACUUGCCCGUCGGCUACUUUUUGAUCGGAGUGCCAACGAGGACCAUGAAAAAAGUAUUCUGACAAAGCUUAAGCAGCAAUGUGGUGGACAGUUCACCUCAAAAAUGGAGGGAAUGGUCACAGAUUUGACAUUAGCUCGGGACAAUCAGGCCAACUUUGAGGAAUAUCUUCACAAUAACCCUGACGUAAAUCCUGGGAUGGACUUGACAGUCACUGUGCUUACAACUGGUUACUGGCCAAGUUAUAAAUCGUUUGAUCUGAACCUUCCUGAAGAGAUGGUGAAGUGUGUUGAAGUUUUCAAGGGAUUCUAUGAAACAAAAACGAAGCACAGAAAACUUACAUGGAUUUACUCAUUGGGAACUUGCAAUGUUAAUGGCAAGUUUGAACCCAAAAACAUUGAACUGGUCGUGUCAACGUAUCAGGCUGCUCUCCUGCUUCUCUUCAAUACUGCUGAUAAAUUGAACUAUUCAGAGAUAUUGACUCAGUUGAACCUUACCCAUGAUGACUUGGUUAGAUUGCUUCAUUCGCUGUCAUGUGCCAAGUACAAGAUCCUCAUUAAGGAGCCAAAUACGAAGACUAUCUCUCCAACUGACAGCUUUGAAUUCAACUCUAAGUUCACAGACAGAAUGAGAAGAAUUAAGAUUCCUCUCCCACCAGUGGAUGAAAGGAAGAAGGUAAUUGAAGAUGUUGACAAAGACAGGCGAUACGCUAUUGAUGCUGCAAUUGUGAGGAUUAUGAAGAGUAGGAAAGUUUUGGGUCAUCAACAAUUAGUCAUGGAGUGUGUUGAGCAGUUGGGACGUAUGUUCAAGCCUGACAUCAAAGCAAUUAAGAAGCGCAUUGAAGAUCUCAUCACCCGUGACUACCUGGAGAGGGACAAGGAAAACCCUAACAUGUUCAAGUAUCUUGCAUGAAUGAUCUGAGUGUCGGAGUUUUCAUUUUACUUGGGAUAUGGUGGUGGAGGUACAAUUGAUGCCCUGAAGUACAGGAACAUAAAGAAUAUCGUAGUUUCUUUGGAGUUGGGAUCUGCUGUAAAUUAUGUGCAGCUCUUUUAGAAAAUUCUAGGAUUUUGAAAAGGAGUGGAGAAUUUUUUGUGCAAUUCUUCGCUAUUAAAAGCCAGUUUUGUGCAAUUCACCCAUAUAUCCAUCCAUAUAUGGGAAUGUUGAUAAAAUUUGUUGUCCUUCUUACUCGAUAAUGUUCUGUUUUAUGCUUUUCUAAACGCAGCAGCCCCCUUUCUUUAUAAGGAUGAUAUCAUGAUAGUUGUCCGAGUCGUUGAGUUUGAGAUUGCCGGCGACUAUUUUGGAUAAAGAUUCAACAAACAACUUGAAAAGUUUUCAA